AUGCAUGAAAAUCGAACUAAAAGUAGAGGUGAUGUGGAAGUCAACUCAGACCCUGAAGAUGUGCAACUCAAGAAGAAAGAGUUCCAGUGCAAGCAAUGCGAAAAGCGUUUUACUCGGUCCGUUGAUCUAAAAAGACACAUGCUGAUACAUACAGGGUUGAAGCCCUUUCAGUGCAAGCAAUGCGCAAAAUGUUUUAAUCAGUCUAGUAGUCUAAAAAUUCACAUGCAUAAACAUACAGGGUUGAGGCCAUUUCAGUGCAAGCAAUGCGGGAAAGGUUUUGCAUAUUCUAGCAAUCUAAAACAGCACAUGGUUAAACAUUCAGGGUUGAAGCCCUUUCAGUGCAAGCUAUGCGGGAAAGGUUUUACUCAGUCUGGAAAUGUAAAACAGCACAUGGUCAAACAUACAGGGUUGAAGCCAUUUCAGUGCAAGCAAUGCGAGAAGUGCUUUACUGGGGCUGGUAAUCUAAAAAAGCAUAUGCUUACUCAUGCAGGAUUGAAGCCAUUUCAGUGCAAGAAAUGCGCAAAAUGUUUUACUCAGUCUGGUAGUCUAAAAAUGCACAUGCUUACACAUGCUGGAUUGAAGCCAUUUCAGUGCAAGCAAUGCAAGAAGUGUUUUACUCAAUCUGGUAAUCUGAAACAGCACAUGCUUACACAUGCAAGGUUGAAGCCAUUUCAGUGCAAGCAGUGUGAGAAGUGCUUUACUCAGUCUCGCUAUCUAAAACAGCACAUGGUUAAACAUUCAAGGUUGAAGCCAUUUCAGUGCAAGCAAUGCGCAACAUGUUUUACUCAGUCUGGUAGUCUAAAAAGGCACAUGCUUACACAUGCAGGAUUGAAGCCAUUUCAGUGCAAGCAAUGCAAGAAAUGUUUUACUCGCUCUGGUAAUCUAAAACAGCACAUGCUUACACAUACAGGACUGAAGAGUUUUCAGUGCAAACAGUGCAAGAAGUGUUUUACCCAUUCAAGUGAUCUAGAAGAACACUUGCAUACGUCAUUUGGUCAAUGCAUGAUGAAUGCAGACCAGAUGAAAAUUGGAUUAUUUGUUGUGUUAAAAUAUCUGAAAACUAGACUGGAGGGUAAUACAAGUGAGAUUCGUAAAUCGAGGCAAGGAACAGAGACAUUCAGAAUGUGCUUUUUUUCUAGGGAUAAGAAUACAUUAAAAAGAUACGAGAAUAAGUUGAGAUAUGAAUUAGUUAAGCUCGAUCAAAAAUUUGCAGAAUUUGAUAAUAUAGAAACCUUCAGACAUGUGUUACUUUUUUAA